UAUGUGCGGUCGUUUGCGACUCGUGCGCAUACAAUAACACAUCGUAACGUAAAACAUGGAUACCAAUGAAAGAAAACAGUGAUUUUUAUAUAUUAAAAACGACAAAAAACAUGUUCAGUUCAUAAUUGUGAAUUAAAAGUGUUUUCAAGUAAGAAGUAAAUAAGAAAAUUUAAAAUGAAAUUCUUUUUUUACAUUGUCGUGUUUCUGCUCAUCAAGAGAUUAGAAGCCGAAUUAUUAUCUGAAUACAACAUUCUUCAAGAUGUUAUUAAAGUAUAUGAAAAGUAUACUACGGAUUCAGAGAGAAUAAGCUUUGUAGAUGGACCAGGCGGCAACACCGCAUUCAAAUUUGACAACGAAAGCAGAGUCCUGUCUCCUAUCAGCAAUACAACAUUAAAUAACCUCAAGCUUUCUAGUCCUUUCAUUUUAAAUGUUAGGGUUAAAUUCGAUGUAAAUGAUUUUUCAUGCGUGUUCGCUAUAAAAAAUUUAGAAAAUGUGAUAAAGCUAAGUUUGUGUAUUACACCACAAACUACCGAUAUUUAUGAAGUGAAUGUGGAUGGCGUUGGACUUAAAGAAAACGUUAAUUUCGACGUAUAUGAAGACUUGAGUAUAAACUGGGUGGAUAUUUACAUAGUCUUUGAUAAAACAAUAACAAUUUAUACCAAAUGUUUACCGACUAAAUCAUUGGAACCAAAAGAAAAAAUGGAUGAUGUUUAUUUUUCGAGUGACGAUUGGAUUUAUAUUGCACAGUCCGGAGUUGAGGAUAGCAAUCCAUUCAGAGGGGCUAUUGACAAAAUAAUUUUAUACCCGGAUACGAACAAUAUAGAGAGUGUUUGCAAUGACGAAAUGUAUAUUCCCCCGAGUUUCAAAGACUACUUUGAAAAUCAUACCACAGAUGAUGGAGAGGAAAAUGUUGCAGUUAAUAUGAAAGGGGAUAAAGGUGAAAAGGGGGAUAUAGGGGUUAGAGGAGAAAGGGGAGAAGUAGGAAUGAAAGGGGAAAAAGGAGACAAGGGAAGCACAGGACUUUCUAUAACCGGUCCUCAAGGACCUCAAGGACCCAUAGGACCCCAAGGACCAAUAGGUAAAGAAGGCCCUAGAGGAGAAGAAGGAGAAUGUCAUUGUUCAGAAUCAGUUGUAUCGAGUCUUAUAAAGAAAUUGCCUGAACUGAAAGGACCACGAGGUGAACCAGGAUACAGAGGAGAAGACGGCGACACUGGAGCAACUGGUGAAACAGGAGCACCUGGAAAACAAGGUGAAAGAGGUCCGAUUGGCUUUACUGGUGAAAGAGGUGACAAAGGAGACGAUGGCAUACCAGGAAGAGAUGGUCAAGAUGGAUUAAAAGGUGAACCAGGACGAGACGGUCCAAUAGGCCCACCGGGACCAAGAGGGGAGACUGGUCACCCUGGACCACCUGGACCGGCAUGUGAGCGGAUAGAGGAGCCUGAAAAAUUUCCAAUACCUGGGGACAAAGGAGAUGUUGGACCUGUGGGACCUCCAGGACCUCGUGGUGAUAAAGGAGAGAAAGGUGAAAAAGGUGUAAUCGGCGAACGUGGCUUGCCAGGUGAUUUGGGACAUACAGGCCCCCAAGGAAAACAUGGUGAAAAGGGGGAAGUCGGUAACCCAGGUUUAAAUGGAAUGCCUGGGAUACCUGGUACACAUGGUAAACAUGGUGUGAAUGGUACCAAAGGUGACAAAGGUGAAACUGGUGCUCCGGGAUUACCAGCUAAGCUGUCUUCUAUAUUGGAUGACGACAUGGACCCUGAUGAACAAUAUAUGAUAGUGGAAAAAUUAAGGGGUUUUAAAGGAGAGCCGGGAAUUAAGGGCAAUAAAGGUGAUAAAGGACUUAAUGGUACUGCCGGUAUUCCUGGAGCAACCGGUCGUCGUGGUGAUCCAGGAGAAAAAGGUGAUACAGGAUCGACUGGACCGAAAGGAAUUAAAGGCGAGAAAGGAGGAACUGGCCCACCGGGGGUAGUAUCAAUGUCUGCUCUGAGCCGUUUGAAGGGUCCUAAAGGAGAUCGUGGCCAAACAGGCAAGCCUGGAUCUCGUGGAUAUGCAGGACAUAACGGGGCAAAGGGCUCAGUGGGUCCAAUUGGUCAUAAAGGUUCGAAAGGUGAUUCAGGUGCUCCUGGACCAAUGGGUCCUAAAGGCAAUACGGGAGCAGCGGGAAUAAGAGGUGAAAAGGGUGAUAGAGGCGAAAUACCAGAGAUUAACCUGGAAAAGCUUAAAGGUGAAAAAGGAGAUCGAGGUCCGCUAGGACCUACAGGAGAGCCCGGAAAAAUUGGCCCUCCCGGUAUAUGUCAGAAGACUGAAGAUAGUGUACCUGUGCCAGGACCACCCGGUCCACCAGGGUCCCCGGGUCCACCGGGUCCUCCGGGUACACCCGGUUCGCCCGGUUCACCCGGUAUAUCCGUGACUGGCCCCAAAGGCGAGCCUGGCGGAAUUGUAUCUGCGAAGACUUUGUAUAGCUUUAGUGAUUACCCAGUAAAUAAUGCAGAUGAUGAUGAAGUUUUUCAUAAAAUGGAAACAAUCAUUUACAAAACAUCAAAGGGAUUAAAAAGAAGAACUAGGUCAACACCGGUGGGGACUCUCGCUUAUGUUUUGGAAGAAAGAGUAUUAUUGUUAAGAGUUGAACGUGGCUGGCAGUAUGUAGUGAUGGGUUCGUUAUACCAAGAGAGAAUACCUAAAUCAAAAGUAGCCUCUUUGCGUACAAAUCAUAAUGAAAGGCGAAGAAAAAACUUCAUUCGGUUAGCAGCACUUGACGAGCCCUAUGCAGGAAACAUGGAGACAGGAACAAAUCGAACAGGCCGAAAGACCGUUGAUCAGGAAUGUCACAUUCAAUCAAGGAAAGCUGGAUUUACAGGAACAUUUGCUGCUUUUCUUGCAAACAAGGUGGAAGAUUUGAAGUCUAUUCUCAAGACUGCAGACAAAGAUGUAGCAGUUUUUAAUAUUCAUCAGCAACUCCUUUUCGAUUCGUGGAUCGAUAUGUUCAACGACUCCGGAACUGUUGCUUUUAAAUCGGAUAUUUACAGUUUUAGCGGAAAAAAUGUACUCAUUGAUCCUACUUGGGCUAUCAAAGCUGCAUGGCAUGGAGGAACGUCACUCGGAGUCCGAUCGCCGAAAUAUUUUUGUCGUGAAUGGCAAACAGAUAGUCCUAAAUAUUUCGGUAGUGCUGCUAAAAUAAAUGACAAUAAACUAGCAAUACAUGAAAAGUACACAUGCGAUAAGAAACUUAUCGUAUUAUGUGUCGAAGUACGACCUAACGUUGUGAGACGUCAGAGGCAUAUAUCAAGACGACGUCUUGCUUAUGAAAGAUUACUAGAUAGUCAAUCUGAUAUUUAAAUAAAUGAUUUUUGAGUAUUGGACUUAAU